ACACAUUAUCCAUAAAAAAUAAAGGUUUUGAAGGCCACAACCUUAAUCCUAUCUCACUCUAUCACUUCAACUGCAAUGGCGUCGUCGUUACUUGGAGCAGUUCCUAUGGCUUUCUUUCCUAAUCUAUCUUUCUCUCGUUCUCUUUCCAUAUCCGGCGCCUCAGUUUCAGCAACUUCUUCAGCAUCAGUAUCUUUAGAUGUCACCUUUGCAAAUCUUCCAUUGAUUUACUGUGGCAGAGGAGACAAGAAAACUGCAAAAGGCAAGCGUUUUAAUUACUCCUUUGGGAAUGCAAGGCCAAGGAAUAAGAAGAAGGGAAGAGGGCCACCUAGGGUUGCAGCACCACCAGCAGCUCCAAAAAGAGAUCCAUUUGAUGAUGGACAAGUCGUUAAAAUUGAGAUUGUUGAGUCCUAAUUUACUGAGUUAGCAAUUUUGCCUGCAAUUUUGUAGCUCAAAUCUCUGCAAUUUGUUAAUUUCUGUGAGUUACCAAAAUUUAAGGUCGAUUAGUUUACUUGUUGAACUGAUAUUUUUAGUUUGCCUGAAUGUUCUAAGUUAAAUGUUCCUUUCAUUCAAAUUAUGUAUGGAGAGAUAGCACUGUUUUGAGAAAAAGAGAACAAAAGAAAAGAAGAGUUCCAAUUCUAUAA